CGCCUCCACUGCGCCCGUCCAUCCUGUCUGGUCCUAGGCUGCGGCCGCCGCCGGAGCCGUGUCCCUGCUCCAUUCCAUUCCGGGAGCUGGGUCUCCGCACGUCCCAGCUUCAGGUGCUAGAGAAAGAAACUUCGCCGAGGCCCACGCACCCGAACCCGCAGCGCCUGGACUGUGGCUAGAGCCGCGGCAGCUCGCGGGGCCAAGCCCCAAAGGGCCGAGCCGGUCCCUCUGCCGGGUUGCCCUGGUCGUGUCGGCCGGCGGGUCCCCUCGAGGAGGCAGGCUGAGUUGGAGAUCCGGAGAAGCAAGGAUGGGGUCCGGCUCGGAGGGACUGCGCAAUGGUAGUGGGUGCGGCUGCUUCAUUGCUCGGCAGCUCCCAGUCUUGCGGGGGCCGCACAAAAAGACUGGGGAGCACCGAGGGGAACGCUGGACAGAACAGGCAUCAGGCUGUAAAUGGCUCUGGAGAGGCUGGCGGCAUCCCCAGGUGUGAGGAGGGCCCUUUUCAGCAGGCUGCGUCUGGGUGGAGGUGUGUAGCUCUGGGUGCCUGCCUUGCGCUGGGCCCCGGGGGAGCCAGAGUGGAGGACUCGGGCUGUGUAGAGAGGAGAGGACGGCCAGCGACCGUGCAGGAAUGCAGGCCUCUCUGGGACAAGCACCCCACCUUACUCUGCCCUGAGCCCUCCAAAGGUAGGAUGUGGGUGAGGCUGUGGUGGUUGGUGUGUGUCAUCUGGAUUGUAUUAAUCUCUAUUGAAGCCAUUAAUGCAGACAGAUAGGGAAAAUUUAACUAAUUUCAGGCGGAAAUGCAAGUAAUUUCUCCCUUAAUUCUAUCCAGCCAGAGUCUCAGCAUGGAAGGCAGGAGGGAAAGAAAGACAAAUAGGAUAGGAAAGUAAGUGCUGCUGCAAUCCAGGCCCUGCCUGGAAGCCACUGGGGGGCUGUAUGUGCCCGACUCUAGCCAGGGAGAGCGGGGGAGAGCGGCCAAGUGACCACAUCUCCCAGCCCCUCCAGCACAAAGGUCUAUGUAGACUGCUUUAUUUAGGAUACAGGCAUCCUGGGCCCCAAUAGCCCUAUAGUCUGGUGGCAAUUUUCAGUUUUCUCUGAGGGCCUGGCAUGCCCCCUGGGACAGGAUGCUAGGGCACAUAGGGAGCCUGAGUCCUGGGUACAGAGCCAGGGAGGGCCCUGGACCUCAUGCUGCUGGUUGGGCUGCCAGAUGUGAGAGAGGAGAGGUGUGCAGGGUCCUGAGAUUGAAGAGGUACCCAGAUGCUCCUUACUAGGUCAAGUUAGGCCUCAGCCUGGGCUAAAUCCUUUCCUGGGGAGCUCUGCUUGGUGGGCCAGGCUAGUAAGGCCGCCUUGCCUUCCUCCCUCUGGAAGGAGAGGGUGCAGUGGCAGCACCUCACUGAAGCUUGGAGAGGCUGCCAGAGAAGCUCAGAGAAAGCGCUUGGGUGAGCAAGCCCUUGGGAGAAAGCGUGGGGGUGGGGGUGGGGAGCACUUGUCCAGCGCCUCCCCUUCUUCCCAGUCCAUCCGGAGCCUCAACUUGGAGCAGGGCUGCCUGAGGUCUCCUGAGGCCACUGGGCGCACCCAGACCUCAGACCCAGGAGUUGGUGGCCUGGCGACCGUGGCUGGUGAGCAAAUCUCCCAAACUGGGGGAAGUCGGCACAGUUUCUCCGAGUUUGGGGCAAAACGAAACCAUAUGACCUUCUUCAAAGGGAGCUCCUUAUCUGCCGCUUGGUGGAAUUUCAACUUUUUUCUUCUUUCCGAGCCCCCAAAGAAAAAAGUGCCCACGACCAGAAAUAAAAUCCCGAAGCCUGAGAUGAAUCAUAAUUGGACGGAAAGAAUAAGUCUGUGAAGGCACCAGCGCGUGCUUGCGCGGAGACCCCACUGGGUCCGCGGCCCCGCGCGGCCUCAGACUCUUCCCAGAAGGUUGCUCGCGCUCCUUUGCCGCCUUGACCCUCCGUCGGAGAUCGCCGAAACCCUGGGAGCCGCUGAGCCUGGAGUCCCGCUUCGCGACCAGGGGCUGAGCUUUGCUCUCCGGCAAAGCCAAGAGGCUGAAGGCACUGCAGGACCUGUACAGCUCUGCAGACGCAUCCCCCUGCCGGGAGAACGUGGACGGCUGGAAUGCCCAGGCCGGGCCGAGGGAGAGAGGUAGCAGGAGCAGUUUUCAGGGGACAAGAAUUUUCCGUUUUCGCAGCACCGGGACUCUGAGGCUCUCUUGAGGAUUCAGCAGGGCAAUAACGAGCAGUCCUCGCACAGCGCGGAGCCUGUGACAGACAGUCGGCCUGACCUCUCGGUCUUGACUUCUGAUGCGCCCAAACGUCCUUCUUUCCGCCACCGACCGAAAAUCUGGCUUCCGACCGCGGCUUCGACAACCCUCGGCCCUGGGGCAGGCAGCGCAGCUGUACUGGUCUUAAGUCUUAGCCUCGGUGCGGGGGUGCGCUAAAUUGAUGUCCGUGGGCUGUCGGAACAUCAUUUGGCUGGAUGAACCAAAGCUCAGGUCCUGGAUAAUCUGGGCGAAGGCGCCCUUUCUUCUGGGCCAGGCUGGCGGCUCUCAGGCUGGAGCCAAGCCGGCUCCAGAGAGCCUUGCUCCCACAUCCAGGGCAGACGAAUCAGCAGCCGAGACCGGCCAGCGCUUCUUGUUCGACGUGUCCAGCCUUCCCGACGCCGACGAGGUGGUGGGCGCCGAGCUGCGAGUGCUGCGCCGCGAGUCUCCGGAGCCGGGUCCUGGCCGUGCGACCUCGCCGCUGUUGCUGCUGUCCACGUGCCCCGGCGCCGCCCGCGCGCCGCGCUUGCUGCAUUCCCGAGCCGCCGAGCACCUGGAAGGAGCGCGCUGGGAGGUGUUCGAUGUGGUGGACGCCGUGCGGCGCCACCGCUGGGAGCCGCGCGCCACCAGCGCGUUCUGCCUGUUGCUGCGCGGAGUGGUGGGUCCCGGGCGGGACCCGCUGGCACUGCGGCUGCUGGGCUUCGGCUCUAGUGGCGGAGACGGGGCAGCCGAGGAGGAGCGGGCGCUGCUGGUCGUCUCCUCCCGCACACAGAGGAAGGAGAGCCUGUUUCGGGAGAUCCGUGCCCAGGCCCGCGCGUUCGGGGCUGCCUUGGCAGCUGAGCCGCCGCCGGACCCGGGACCCGCCAUCGGGUCAUCGACCGCGGUCAUCGGCGGCCGCAGGCGGCGGCGGACGGCACUGGCCGGAGCGCGGGCGGCCCAGGACAGCGGCGCGGGUGGGGGCCGGGGCCACGGGCGCAGAAGCCGGAGCCGCUGUAGCCGCAAGCCACUGCACGUGGACUUCAAGGAGCUGGGCUGGGAUGACUGGAUCAUUGCGCCGCUGGACUACGAGGCGUACCACUGCGAGGGCGUCUGUGAUUUUCCGCUGCGCUCGCACCUUGAGCCCACGAACCACGCCAUCAUUCAGACGCUACUGAACUCUAUGGCGCCGGAUGCGGCGCCAGCCUCCUGCUGCGUGCCCGCGCGCCUCAGCCCCAUCAGCAUCCUCUACAUCGACGCCGCCAACAACGUGGUCUACAAGCAAUACGAGGACAUGGUAGUGGAGGCGUGCGGCUGCAGGUAGCAUGAGGGCCAGGGAGGGGGCAGCCGUGCCACCAAGGACGCCCUGCUGAAGAGCAGCUGCGGGCCAAGCCUAUCACCUAGUGUGCGGUGCACGUCGGAGUCUGGCCCGGAGCCCACACGGAGGAGGGAGAGCGCACGUUCACACAACACUCAUACCCACACACUCACCACUCGGGCACACAUUUAUGGUGGAAGUAUCCGAAAGCCCUAGGAAGAGAUGACCUGACGCUACCGAAUGUCACAUACGUGUGUUUUGUAAACAUCACCAUUGCCCCAUUUGGGGAGAGGAUGAUGUUUGCAUUGCUGUUACAGUAACUGGCAGGGAAUCGGGUAGGAAUGGGUUAGGGAAUUGGGGCUUCAGCAUGGGGGAACUAAAGGGAUCUUUGAGUAAGUCUUUUCUCACCCCUCCUCCGGCCGGGUUGGGGCUGAGUUCCCCGUAUUGCACCUGGGACCGGCAGAGGGCUGUAAAGCCCUUUCUGAAGGUUUGUGUUGCAUGGGGCCGUUUACUCUGGGGAGGAACCGCUGCAGAAGUCUUUAUCUUUUUUCUUUAACUUAAAAAAAAAAAUCUAACAUGCUCCCUCAGUUUUGAAAGGGAACAUUUGUUGGAAAGCCUGCACUGUUGAGCUUCCCAGAUCUCUGCAAAGGUCAGCACCACUUAAAAAAAAAAAAUCAGUUCCACUUGGGAAUGAUCUAGAAAGUGGAAAAAAAUUGGGGGACGGGGAGUGAAAUGGAGGAGAGGUUUUAAACUGCCCGUCUGACCUGACAUGCCAUCGAGGUGGAGGGACUUGUGCCAGUUUCUGCAGCUCCUAAGCUGUGUAGACCCAGGUGGCAGCAGUGCCUUGGGGGCCUGCAGGAGGAAGCUAGUGCAAGGUCUGGGAUGGGGGGAAGGGGGCGCUAUGGCUUUCCCUGGAGACCUGCGGAGGUUUUCCUAAGGAGCUGGGAGGAGGCUCCUAGGGCUUGAAAGAGUCGCAAAAGUGUCCUGGGGAAGGUUCCUGCCAAGGACUGGGGCAAGUCUGCCAGGUAGGCACAGCCUCCUCCACAGGGCACUCUUGGAGUGGCCAACAUGUGCUUGCGCUUAGCUAUCAAGUCUGUGUCGGCUUUUACACGCUUUCGCUGUGAUGUUGCUGUAGUUUUUGGCAGAGCGAUAGUAACGGGAAGUGAAGCCACACAAAAGUGCUUUUGUGAGAUUUCAGCUCCCUACAACCCAGUGGUUCGGAGCAGGAGGAAGGUCGGCCCCUCCCCUCCUUGCUCAGUGGAUGGGCAUCAGAGUUUGGCUGCUGUGGUCCCUUCAGAAGGGGGGUGAUGUGGGGGCCAGAGGUGGAAACCUAUUUUGCCCCAAGGAGUCUUGCUGAGGGUAGGAUUGUCUGCCUUUACAAAAAGGAGGUCGAACAUGCCAGCCUUCAUUGUUUGACGUGGCCCGUGGCUGCCUAGGGUCCUCUGUGGCCUGUGUAAAUGGUUGGCAGAGGGAAGAGAGACAAGCUGGCUUACACCUGUCUGGGGCUCUGAGGGCUUCUUUGACAAACCCUGCAGCCCUCCUGGUAGCCCUGUUUAAGGCUGUGCUGGGCUUUCUCCUUUAGGGCCCUGAGAGGCAUUCAUUCUGCCUUUCUUGUCUUGGAUGGGACGGUCCAGGACAAUUUAUACAAAUUUUAAUUCUCAGUGAUUAUACUCUCAGAGAGAUUUAAGAGUUAGAGACAAUUUAUUUGAGUCCCACCUGAGUUCUUUUUACCUUUAAGAUUCCCCCGAAGGAGGAGAAAGCACGUUUGUAGUAUGUAUUUAUAUGCUAUGGCUGUGUGAGUAUACACAACCAGAAAAUGCAACAGUCUCUUCAGGUGAAAACAAACAAACAAAUCCCAAAGUGGCUUCGGUCGUUCACGUCCAUUCAGCUUCGGUGACUGGGCAGAGGCGGUCCCCUUACACUCACAAGUGUUGCCAGAGAAGCCGCACUCUCCUUUUCUAAACUAUGAUUUUAAUAAUGAUUGCAUGGUGAUUGCUCUGAUAUCUGUCAUAAUGAAGAAUUUUUAAAAUGGUGCUAAAGUAUGAAAAGUUGUGGUUUUAGAAGUUUUAGAAAGGGAGCUGGAAAACUAUAGCUAAAUAUCAUUUUGAAGAGAUGCUAGGAUAUUUAAUAUCUUUGGACAAAAGCCAAGACUUUAAUACUUUUUUAGUGCUUAGGAAAAACAAUUUGGGGAAAGAAAUGUCUUGAUUUAGCCUGAGCUCUUUUUUUUUUUUUUUUUUCUGUCUUGUUUG